CAUAAAAGGAACAAAACAUUAAACUUUUGGUUUACUUUUUGCCUUUAGAAAAAUUCCUGGGGUUUGACUGAAAGAGACGACGAAAAGUCAACGAUGGUCAAUUUCGAUCCCUGGCAGAGCUCGCGCCUCGCAUUACCUGCGCGCUGCUCGAAUCGGCAGCCCAGGAUCCAUGCUUCUCACUAGUCGCGCUAUUCUUCUUUCUUCUCUCGUCCAUAAACCCUGCCAAGAACCCUAGGGUGGGAAAUAUCUCUCUCUCUCUCGGCGGGAGAGAAAUGCUGCGCAGGGGGCUGUGGAGCGCCACUGCCGAUGGAUUCUGCGGCUCCAGGGCGGCGGCGUUGUGGCGCUGGAGCAGGCAUUUCGCCGUGGCCGCCGCCGCCUCCGCGGAUUCGAAUCCGGCGGAGCGAGUGACGAGCCCUUCUUUGAUCCGGAAUCUGGCUGUGAUUGCGCACGUCGAUCACGGUAAGACGACUCUCAUGGAUAGGCUUCUCAGGCAGUGCGGGGCAAUUGUCGCCAGAGAUAGAACUUUGGAUUCCAUCACGCUCGAGAGGGAGCGUGGUAUCACAAUUGCUUCCAAGUAUACUUCUAUGAUCUGGGGAACCAGUUCUCUCAACAUUGUUGAUACUCCUGGUCACGCAGAUUUUGGUGGAGAGGUUGAACGAGUUAUUGGUAUGGUUGAUGGAGCUGUGCUCGUUGUCGAUGCUGGCGAGGGGCCGCUUGCACAAACAAAGUUUGUGGUCGCCAAAGCUCUAAAAUCGGGGAUUCGCCCUAUAUUGCUGCUCAACAAAGUCGAUCGUCCGUCAGUUACGGAAGAAAGGUGCGGAGAAGUGGAAAGCAUGGUUUUUGAUCUCUUUGCAAACCUUGGUGCUACCGAGGAGCAACUAGACUUUCCAGUUUUGUACGCUUCUGCCAAGGAGGGAUGGGCUUCUUCUACGUUCACAAAGGCACCAGAAGGAGAACCCACUAUGGCUCCGCUGCUCGAUACAAUUGUAAAAUACGUUCCUCCACCAAAGUGUGAUCUACAUGCGCCAUUUCAAAUGGUGGUCACAAUGAUGGAGCAUGAUCCAUAUUUUGGCCGCAUAUUGACUGGACGGAUUUACUCAGGGACUGUGAAACCGGGUGACAGAGUCCAUGGAAUACGCAAAAAGGAAGACACUGAUGUCAGCGAAACAUUCAACGAAGGGAAAAUUGUCAAGAUUUUGAAAAAGAAAGGCGUUGCAUCUGAAGUGGCCGACUGCGCUGGCGCGGGAGAUAUUGUUUCUAUUGCGGGUCUUGCUCAACCAUAUAUUGGGAAUAGUGUGGCUUCAGUGGAGGUAAAGGAAGCUUUACCUUCGGUGAAAGUGGACCCGCCGACAAUAUCUAUGACUUUCAGUGUUAAUGAUUCACCGCUUGCGGGGAAGGAUGGAAAACAACUCACAGGAGCCAAGAUUGGCGAUCGUUUAAAGGCUGAAGAAGAAUCCAAUGUGUCCAUUAAGGUUCUCAGAUCAACCUCGAAUGACGCUUAUGAAGUACAGGGCAGAGGCGAGCUGCAACUCGGAAUUUUGAUAGAAAACAUGCGACGAGAAGGUUUUGAGCUAUCUGUUUCGCCACCCGCAGUUCUCUAUAAGACUGAAAACGGCCAAAAGCUAGAACCUAUAGAAGAACUUCGAAUCGAGGUGAACGAUGAACAUUCUGGAACAGUUAUCGAGUCCCUUACUCACAGGCGUGCCGAACUUCUUGACAUGUCGCCAUGCCCCGAGUCUGUUGGUCGCACUACAAUGACUUUCACUUGUCCAUCAAGAGGCUUGGUCGGCUAUCGAAGCUCGUUUAGCACCAUCACCCAUGGCACAGGAUUCAUGCAUCGGGCUUUCUUAUCUUAUGACAAAUUUCGAGGUCCAGUUGGAAAUGUUAGGCGAGGAGUUUUGGUCUCCACUGCACAAGGAGUAAUCACCGCGUAUGCUCUAAUGGGACUAGAGUCUCGAGGCACCAUGUUUGUUCCACCGGGGGACGAGGCAUACGAAGGCAUGAUCGUAGGAGAACACUGUAGAGACGCGGACCUCGACGUGAAUCCUGUGAAAGCGAAAGAGCUGACAAACAUACGUGCUCCUGGGAAAGAUGAAAACGUCAAGCUCACUCCCCCGAGACUGGUCACUCUGGAAGAAGCUAUUGGAUACGUUGCAGCGGACGAGCUGAUUGAGGUGACUCCCAAAGCAAUCCGGCUUCGUAAAAAGUAUCUGGACAGUACAAAGAGAAAGGCGGCGGCACGGAAGCUGUCCUCGUGAGAAGCGUCAUCACAGUAUAUAAAAUUUUUUUAGCGCUGUGGACAAAUUUUGCGCGGGAGAUUUUCAAAUAACUUAAACGAGUUUGAGUU